GGCGUGGUGACGUAGGGUGGUGUGCGCGUGACGUUGCGGCGGCUUUCGUCCUGCUCCCGGUCUCGUCCUCGCCGCCCCUCGACCCGUUCCGGCCUGCGCCCGCCACCCGCUGCCGCUAUGGCGAACGUGGCCGACACGAAGCUCUACGACAUUCUGGGGGUGCCUCCCGGGGCCUCCGACAACGAGCUCAAAAAGGCAUACAGAAAGCUGGCUAAGGAAUACCAUCCUGAUAAGAAUCCAAAUGCAGGGGACAAAUUCAAAGAAAUAAGCUUUGCCUAUGAAGUAUUGUCAAAUCCAGAGAAACGUGAGUUAUAUGAUAGAUAUGGAGAACAGGGUCUUCGAGAAGGUAGCGGUGGAAGCAGUGGAAUGGACGAUAUUUUCUCCCAUAUUUUUGGUGGUGGAUUGUUCAAUUUCAUGGGUGGUCAGAGUAGAAGUCGUAAUGGUAGAAGAAGAGGAGAAGAUAUGAUGCAUCCACUCAAAGUCUCUUUAGAAGAUCUAUAUAAUGGAAAGACAACUAAACUACAACUUAGCAAGAAUGUCCUUUGUAGUGCAUGUAAUGGGCAGGGAGGGAAGGCUGGAGCUGUUCAGAAAUGUAAUGCUUGCCGGGGUAGAGGUGUACGUAUCAUGAUCAGACAGCUGGCUCCUGGAAUGGUUCAGCAGAUGCAGUCUGUAUGCUCUGACUGCAAUGGAGAAGGUGAAGUAAUUAAUGAAAAAGACCGCUGUAAAAAAUGUGAAGGGAAGAAGGUGAUCAAAGAGGUUAAAAUACUUGAAGUCCAUGUAGACAAAGGCAUGAAACAUGGGCAAAGAAUUACAUUCAGUGGAGAAGCAGAUCAGGCUCCAGGUGUGGAACCAGGUGAUAUUGUCCUCUUACUCCAAGAAAAGGAGAAUGAGGUGUUCCAGCGGGAUGGGAAUGACUUGCAUAUGACGCACAAGAUUGGACUUGUUGAAGCACUGUGUGGAUUUCAGUUCACAUUUAAGCACCUUGAUGGACGUCAAAUUGUGGUUAAAUAUCCUCCUGGAAAAGUAAUUGAACCAGGUUGUGUUCGUGUAGUCAGAGGUGAAGGAAUGCCACAGUAUCGCAAUCCUUUUGAGAAGGGGGAUCUUUACAUUAAAUUUGAUGUUCAGUUUCCUGAAAAUAACUGGAUUAGCCCAGAAAAGCUUUCAGAACUUGAAGACCUUCUGCCAGCUAGACCAGAAUUUCCCAAUGUAAUUGGUGAUGCAGAAGAGGUAGAUCUUCAGGAAUUUGAUACCACUCGUGGUUCAGGUGGUGGCCAGAGACGUGAAGCUUAUAACGAUAGUUCUGAUGAAGAAAGCAGCCAUCAUGGACCUGGGGUACAGUGUGCCCAUCAGUAAACAUUUGUCUAAAAAGUUGCACAAGGAUUUUCUUUCAAAUUUUGCCUGACUUGUUUUCAACAAUCCAGCUGGAUUGUAUAAGUAAUCCAGAUGAACCAAUGGACAUUUAUUGCUGUAUGUGUAACUUUUAAAUUGGUCUAUAGUAUCUACAGAGUGUAAUUUAAACUAACCACAAGCUUACAUCUUCAUUUUGACUGUGUAGCAGAAUAAAGCACUUGAAAGGAAGACAAGACUCCUUUUCACAUGGGUUUUAAGUUUGUCCUCGUACCUGUGCUUGAUUUUUACCAGUUUUGUGUAGAUUUUAAGUUUCAUAUUUUAAAUUCAAAUUCUACAUUGUAAAGUUUGUGUACAAUUUGUCCUGAGGCUUGGUAUUUGGCUGCACCUGCAUAAGCUGCUACAAGUAGAAUAAAGAAUUUCAUAGCCUGUAUCUAUCAUCUAGAUGCAUGGUAAAUGGGCUUUGCACAUAAAGGGUUUAGAGCUGACUGGGAACAAUGGGAGGCUAAAUUAGAAGUGGUUGUAAGUUUUUUCUACCAUCUUGUGAACGGUUUCUGAAAUUAAAUAAAAGCAGUUGGUGUAUAAUA